AUGAGAGUAGAGUAUUAUAACAAAUAUUAUAACGAAAAUCGUGUAACCCCGAUUUUUAUUUCAAACGACGAUUUAUUAUCAUUAACAUUCGAAGGAUUUCAUGGGUUGGUGCUAAAAGAAGUUCCUCAUUUGAAGAAAAUUUCUUCGGAAGCCGUGGCGCUUAGAAUGACAUUUGUGGACGACAAUAAUUCUGAGGUUGACAUUUCCACCAAAUAUUUUUCGUCACAAAUGUUCUCUUUCCUGAAUAAAGGAAUCAUUUCUGUUCGCGUUGCUGUUGCAGAGUCGCCAGUCGCCUUUAGUAAUACUUCUGUUUCUGCAGGCAAAGAACGUAAGUCAGACGAGGUUUUUCAAAGAAGGUGCCUGAACUUUAUUACAAAAUACUACUAACAUCAAUAACAUUGCAAAUCCUCAGAUUUCUAUAAUAAACACAACGCCAGAGUACUCACCUACAAGUAAACAAGAAUCACCGCGCAUUGCAUUACCACUAGAAAGAUAUGCUGAGGUCGUGCAAAAUUAUUCAGACGAGUUGAAAAGUAAUACAAAAGAACUCAAGGAUUUCGAUUUCAAACUACAGAAAGCGUGCGACCAGAACCGAUGA